ACUUAAUUCAUGAACGUAUUUUUCAACAAAAAUGAAGAAUAUCACGAAAGGACUUUUAUUAUUAUUUUUUGACGUCCUGUUUGUUGUUCUUGAGGCACAGACGGCUCACGGUCCUUACAUGGCGGCGCAAUUUGGAGGAGGGUUCAACCAGCCUGUUUACAACCAACCAUACAAUCAAGGUUACAACCAACCAUAUAACCAACCAUAUAAUCAACCAUAUAAUCAGCCAUAUAAUCAACCAUAUAACCAACCAUACAACAACCCCGGGGGUUACAACGCACCGACAAUACCACCUACAACCGUUGCUACAACUAGUACCACACCAGGUACGACGGUAGAAACGGAAUUCGAAGCCGAGGAAACCACUAUACCGGCAAUCACAACCACCACAACUACGACAGCAAAACCAACACCAGCACCAAAACCACGAAACAAGAGACCGCCACAGAAUCGAGGUCGGUUUUCACAGAGACAGGAGCAUCAACCAGAGCCAAGGCGAAACAACUGGAUGGGGCCACCAAGAGGAUAUCCGAAUAUGAGACCACCACCAGGGCGACCUAAUCAGAAUAUGCGAAAUCAGAAACAACAACCACCUAGGAAUUACAUUCCCCCUAGUUUUCAGAGACCGCUUAAAGGGCAACCGAAUCUUUAUAAAACCCCUUCAAAUCAACCCAAUAGAGGUCAGCAGUUCAGGAACAAUGCUCCGCCUAUGAAAAACCAGCCUGUGUCCUUUAACCAGCCGCCAUAUGGUGGUCCAGCAUACAACUUUCAACAGCAGACGAGAGUAAAUACAAACCAGUAUCCACCACCACAAGCCAGGCCGCCUAUGCAGGUUCCCAUGCAACAGCAACCAAUCAGGCAGCCACAGGUGCCCGCAAUGCAACAAAGACCACCAUUUCAACAACAGCAACAGAGAAUGACAAAACCAUCAAGCAUAAACCAGAAACCUCUUGUUUCACCCAACAUACCACCAAUAGGGACACCAGCACCCAAGACAGUGGGAGAAACGUGUCCCACAUAUCGCUACACCGUAGAUAAUAAUUUCGUCGAGUUCCACACAAUACCCGGUAGCUGUAAAAUACAAGUGAUGUAUCCACCAGGUGGUAAUGGACCCCCAAAGGUACAGUUUCUUGCAAAAGUUCCACUGAAGUAA